UCAAGUGCCUCUCUCCUUAAAUUUUGUUUUCUUUCUUCUCUGUGUGAAAUCAGAACCUUGCUUGGUCGGCAAGUCGAGAGAAGUAAAGUAUCCAGAUCACCCAAACAAUAAUCCGAUGUCAGGUGAAACCGAAGAUGCCGUCCGGCGCAAGACGGCCAGCGCCGAGUACCGGAAGAAAUUGCUCCAACACAAGGAGCUAGAAUCCCGAGUUCGAACAGUGAGGGAGAAUUUGCGUACUACAAAAAAGGAAUAUGCUAAAACAGAAGAUGAUUUGAAGUCACUCCAAAGUGUUGGACAGAUCAUAGGGGAGGUGCUUAGACCGCUGGACAAUGAGCGCUUGAUUGUUAAAGCUAGUAGUGGCCCAAGGUAUGUAGUGGGCUGUCGCAAUAAAGUGGACAAGGAAAAACUAACUGCAGGAACCAGAGUUGUACUUGAUAUGACAACACUCACGAUAAUGCGGGCACUUCCUCGUGAAGUUGAUCCUGUUGUAUACAAUAUGCUUCAUGAAGAUCCUGGCAAUGUCAGCUACUCUGCAGUGGGUGGUCUUUCUGAUCAGAUUCGAGAGUUGAGAGAAUCUAUAGAAUUACCUCUUAUGAAUCCUGAACUCUUUCUUAGAGUUGGUAUUAAACCUCCUAAGGGUGUUCUUCUUUAUGGACCUCCUGGAACUGGGAAAACAUUAUUAGCCAGAGCAAUUGCUAGCAACAUAGACGCCAAUUUCCUAAAGGUUGUUUCUAGUGCAAUUAUUGAUAAAUACAUCGGUGAGAGUGCACGACUGAUAAGGGAAAUGUUUGGAUACGCCCGUGAUCACCAACCCUGUAUUAUAUUUAUGGAUGAGAUUGAUGCUAUUGGUGGGCGCCGUUUUAGCGAGGGAACAAGUGCUGACCGUGAAAUCCAAAGAACACUGAUGGAGUUGCUUAAUCAGCUGGAUGGUUUUGAUCAGCUUGGAAAGGUUAAAAUGAUUAUGGCAACAAACAGACCUGAUGUUUUGGACCCGGCUCUUCUUCGUCCGGGACGGCUAGACAGGAAAAUAGAAAUACCAUUGCCUAAUGAACAGUCAAGGAUGGAAAUUCUCAAGAUCCAUGCUGCAGGAAUUGCUAAACACGGUGAAAUUGAUUAUGAGGCUGUUGUCAAGCUUGCUGAGGGUUUCAAUGGGGCUGAUCUUCGUAACAUUUGCACAGAAGCUGGUAUGUCAGCAAUUCGUUCUGAGCGUGAUUAUGUCAUCCAUGAAGAUUUCAUGAAGGCUGUAAGAAAACUGAACGAAGCAAAGAAACUCGAAUCAAGUGCGCACUACAGUGCUGAUUUUGGAAAAGAUUAAGGGCACACUGGCAUGCUCACUUUUGUGUAUCUCUGGCGCUCAGGUGGGUUAUUCCUGUUGUGAUCAUACUGCCUGUUCUGUUCUCCGGUGGAUGAUUACCAAAACUUGGCUUUGUUUGUAUGGUAGCACGGGCGGGAGCAUAUUUGUCAGUGGAAUUGAAGCUUGUCCCUAUUUGCAUACCCAUAAUGUCGCCCUUUCAAACAUUUUGGAAGAAUUAUUUGAGUAGAUGUCAUUUGUUCCGAUUCCAACGAUAUAAA